AUGACUAAGUUCAAUAUUAAAUAUGAAUAUUUAACUGACAAUGAAAUACAGAUUUUACAUCAAUGUCCUUAUCAAUUAACUCUGUCGAUCGACAAGUUAACAAAAUCAGCCGUAGAAAAACGUCAUAAUCCACCACGGCCACAAAACAGCUGGAUAAUUUUUCGAAGAGAUUAUGAAGCAUACUUACGUUGCAAUCAAAAUGUCAAAUCAAAAGUUAAAGAAACAGCAAAGACAUGCAGUUUAAAGUGGCGAAAGCUAUCAAGCCAAGUCAAGCAUUUCUUCAAAAUAUUAGAGAAAAUAGCUUAUGAGAACCAUAAACUUACAUAUCCUAAUUAUAAAUACAAGCCAAAAAAUGCAAAAACUUCAAGCCAUAAAAAAUUCAUUUUUCGUGAACAGAAAAAAUAUGUAUCUAUUUCGCCAGUUGAGCUCACUUUCAAUUCACCUCAAGAACCAAUAAAAAUCGAUGGACCGUCAUCUUUGACUUCCAAUUCACCUCAAGAACUAAUACAGAUUGACAGGCUACCAUCUUUAACAUUAGCAUUUUCGACAACUAGUUAUAAUAAUCUAGACUAUGCUAAUAACUUUACGACAGUCACCUAUGAUCAACAAAAUUUUAGUAAUGACUUUACGGCGACCAUUUACAAUCAGCAAGAUUUUGCGACAGCCAUCUAUAAUCAAGACUACACUAAUGAUUUGGCUCAAAAUUCGAUCAACGUCUUCAAUCAAUUGUAUGAUAACAAUAAUCAAUUUUCUACAGAUGGUUGCAUAAUUAAUAUCAAUAACCAUAACGAUAACAAUGGUUCAAUUAAUUUCAAUUAA